GUUGAGAACUCAGGCAGUUUACCUGCGAGGUAAAUAGCAUUAAAGGGGUUGAGAACUCAGGCAGUUAACCUGCCGAGGUAAAAGGGCCAUGUAGAUCUAUGCAUAGCCAACGGCCCAACAACACCCGUCCCAUGCUUCCUGCAGUAGUAGUACCAGUAUCGUCCUAGCGUCGUCAUAGCAUUCUUGACAUCCAAGGUAGAAGCGUCCCACCAUGGACGACAGAUCCAGUGCCUUUUCUGGUUCCACCGGUACUGAUGGCUACGAGACGCCUGAUGAAGAAGAAUCCCCAACCUCCAAGACGGUCCGAUUCGCUACAGAGUUAGUAGAACAAGAUAAUCCUCUUGACCCUGAUGUUGUCAAUGAUUCCCAGAUUGACAAGAAAAGGUGCAGGCUGAUGAGGAGGGUCUUUCACAGGUAUCCUCGCUGUUAUGCGUUCUGGAUAGGAAUGGUGUUCCCACUCUGGUUUCUGGUGUUUCUGAGCUUGCUUGGUGGCAAACUAUUGGGAGAUUUUGAGUUUGGUAAUGAAGUGGCGGCAAACAAUGAAGCCAUGAGGAACCAACUAUUGGAAAAAACGUAUGGUCAAGUGGUGUCUGAUUCAGUGGUUUACAGUCCACGGGCUUGCUAUACGCUUUACAGGCAGAGGAUUGCUGUGGAAAACCUUACCAACUUCUGGGCCUUCAUUUACGAUCAAGAUGAGAGCUUGCCGGACUUUCUGAACGGAACAGAAUCAAACUUCGAUGAAGAUGAUGUUAUCAGUCUCAACAUAACUGAUUUCAUCAAUUAUCUGGGUGAAUGCGGAAAGGUUGCGGAUAAUUUUACUGACACUGUUCAAGACACCUUCUUUGGUGACUUGGAUGUAUCAGUUGCUGGAUCAACCAGCCUCACAUUCAGCUGGAGUCGAUGUGUCAAUGACAGUGUCCCAGGUUCUUACAAUAAUGUUUUUCACCCAAGCUUGUCGCAAAUAUAUGCCGUCCACCCAAACAACCAAUCUGCGACAUUCCAAUCAGUUUGGAACGAAGAACAACAGCGACUAGAGGAUGAGUAUCUCCAGCAAUAUCGAGCCGACAAUACAUCAAAUGCUGGUUUGAAAGCAUUCAAUGACAGCAUCUUUGACGCUAGUGCUAAGCAUACUUGUGCUAUUAACAUUCCUGCAACAGCCUGGUUUUGGUUCACUGUGAUGACCACGGUGGGGUAUGGAAAUCAGGCUCCCAGCACUCUGGGGGGGCGAAUUCUUAUCUUCACCUUUGGCUCCUUUUCUAUUCUCAUGUUCGGUGGUGUCCUGGCAGCAUCCGGUGUGAUUACCUCACUUUUUGUGAAUGACUUUGCCAUACGACUGAGACUUCGACUACUUGCCAACAAAUUUGUUAUGAUUGUCGUAUGGGGUCUAUUGUGGAUAGGAUGGAUGACUUAUAUGGCUUCUCAAGCCAUUUAUUGGAGAAAGUGGCGUCUGUUAGAGGAAAUGUCAUGGGAAGAAGCACUUUGGUUUGCAUUUAUCAGCACCACAACUGUUGGUCUGGGGGAUUUCUAUCCAAAUCCUGAAGUCAUGUUCAUUUCGGAUUUGCUAUUCUUCUCGCUUUCGUUUCUUUUUGGUUUUGUCCUCAUCUCUGCUUUCCUGACAGAGAUGACACUGGUGUAUUACUCUCCGGAUUUGAGCGAAGAACUGGCCAAACGACUAAAAUAUGUCGGUGUUUUGCCAUGCAAGGGCUGGCUGCAUGGGCAACGGUCAGAUUUUGAUGAGUCCAGGACUCACGAAGAUGCAGAUCAAUUGUCCAACCAGGGAACACCAGCAAAAGAACCUGAUAUCCCAGGUUUACCGGAACAACCAUCAGAAAUUCCGUAGUUCCAAAGAAUCUGAUUUCAGUUGGUCAGCUAUGAGUGGAUCGUUGUCAUAUGGACCAGAGGUUGAUCUUGACGAGUUGGCGGUGGCAAACACCAUGUAAAGAAAUCAGGAUCGUGCCACGUUCAUGGGGCGUGGUUCAAAGGGUGUCCCACCUCUUGAAAGAGAAGUUGCACGAGUGGAGGGAGAGCCUUUUUGGUUUCUAGGCAAAAACAGCCAUGUUCCACAAGAGUUCAGCUAGUGCUGGGUCGAUCAUGCAUACGAUGUGUGCCUCAUUGUUUAGUUACCAAAAGGCUGCCCUUCUGAGAUGGUCCAUGUUGAACUGGAUCUCAUCUCACCACGACCUGUCUCGUCUCCACAUUCAGAUCGGCCGACUUCUGUGAGUUGGCCAUGUCUGUCAACUCAAAAUGCAACUGAUAUAAGAAUAGAGGAAACAUAGGAAGCGUCCUGAUUUUUCUC